UUGCAGAGCUGACGACACGUUGGGGAGAAAAAGCAUGGCGGACGAACAACAAGCAAGCGUGAGGCCAAACACAGAUGAAACUCUCGACGAUUCGAGUGGUGAUGAUGACAAACAGACUAUUAUCGGAGAAGAUGAGGAGGUGGUGAAGACUUUCAAGGACUUGGGUGUUACUGAGGUGCUCUGCGAGGCUUGUGAUCAGCUGGGAUGGAAGAGUCCAACUAAGAUCCAGGUGGAGGCUAUUCCAGUCGCUCUGCAAGGGAAGGAUGUCAUCGGCCUGGCAGAGACCGGUUCAGGAAAGACGGGCGCCUUUGCGCUGCCCAUCCUCCAGUCACUGCUGGCUUCGCCUCAGAGGCUUCACACGCUGGUUCUCACCCCCACCAGAGAGUUGGCCUUUCAGAUCUCCGAGCAGUUCGAGGCCCUGGGAUCCAGCAUCGGCGUCAAAUGCGCUGUAAUAGUGGGCGGUAUCGAUAUGAUGUCCCAGUCCCUGGUGUUGGCUAAAAAGCCCCAUAUUGUUAUCGCCACCCCGGGUCGGCUGAUCGAUCACAUGGAGAACACAAAGGGCUUCUCCCUUCGGGCUCUGAAGUUCCUCGUCAUGGAUGAAGCCGACCGAAUCCUCAACAUGGACUUCGAGACCGAGGUGGAUAAAAUCUUGAAAGUGAUUCCAAGAGAAAGGCGCACCUUCCUGUUCUCCGCCACCAUGACCAAAAAGGUCCAGAAACUGCAGAGGGCCGCUCUGAAAGACCCCGUCAAGUGUGCCGUGUCCACCAAGUACUCCACGGUGGAGAAGCUGCAGCAGUAUUACGUCUUCAUACCGUCCAAGUACAAGGACUGCUACCUGGUGUCCAUCCUCAAUGAGCUGGCAGGCAACUCCUUCAUCAUUUUCUGCAGCACGUGCAACAACGCCCAGCGGGUGGCGCUGCUGCUGAGGAACCUGGGCAUCACCGCCAUCCCGCUGCACGGCCAGAUGAGCCAGAACAAGCGUCUGGGAUCCCUGAAUAAGUUCAAAUCCAAGUCCCGGUCCGUGCUGCUGGCGACCGACGUGGCGUCCAGAGGGCUGGACAUUCCUCACGUCGACUGCGUCAUCAAUUACGACAUCCCCACUCACUCCAAGGACUACAUCCACCGGGUGGGCCGGACAGCCAGAGCCGGGCGGUCUGGGAAGUCCAUCACCUUCGUCACACAGUACGACGUGGAACUUUUCCAGCGAAUCGAAACCUUAAUCGGGAAGAAGCUGCCAGCUUUUCCCACCCAGGAAGAGGAGGUGAUGAUGCUGGUGGAGAGGGUGAGCGAGGCUCAGAGGUUCGCCAGGCUGGAAAUGAAGGAACAAGGUGAGAAAAGGAGGAGGCCGAAGGGAGGCGCCGCGGACGACGACGACACAGAGCAAGCCAGUGGAGUGAGGAAGAAAGUGAAGGGGGGACCGGGGGGCGCGGGCGGAGGGAAGAAGAGGGGUGGAGCAGCGUGGAGGGGAGGACGCUGACCAGUGACAAUGUACAUAACCACAACACACAAAACAAUCCGCCAAGUGACUAUUUAAUUCCAGAAAAAAGUAUGUUCCUUGCCUAUCUGAGUCGAUUCACCCCCCCCCCCCCCCCGUUUAUAAUAAAACCCA